ACCAAUAGCACCUUACACACUGUCCGAUCCCUAGGCCUCGGUCUAGCUUCUUUUUUUUCAGAUCCAGGUUUUUUUGGUUUAUUAUAUCCAUAUCUACUUGCGCAUUCGCUCUCAUUCCUUCUUACGGGAACUGGUCUUGUGCCGUGUCACAGUGGCAUAAAUCUAGCUCUUUUUCUUCCUCUACCUAUUACCAGAACGCCUAUUUUCAUUCAUUGAUCCAUGAUAAUCCGCGAGUAAGCCCUCUUGGUGUGAUGUACAACAACAACAACAACAACAACAACUGACUUGUAAGUCGGCGUGCUCCGUCUCUCUCCACGGUUGAUCCUUCGCAACUUUGUUUUUCUUUUCCAACAAAACAUCGAUGAGGGUCGAGCUGUCCUAGGGAGAGAACGACUACAGGAGGAAUUUACGACCCGUCCGUCAAGCUACUUAAAAGUCAACUCAGAUCAACCAAACUUUACGUCGCGGGAUCCUCCUCGAAUUUCUGAUAAUUCCAAUCAGAGAGAGAGGAGCGAAGCCUGAUUUUACUGGCAAUUCCUCAACGGCUUGGCUUUUUUCUAAUUCGCGAAGAGAUAUCUGUCACUAGCGAUGGCGAAAAUGUCCUUGUCUAACACGAGCAAUGACGCCGAUGGCGCUCAGAAGGAGAUACGGAUGGACGAAGAUUACGGUUUGGGCUACGUCGACGAAGGCAAUGCCGUUCACAGACAGGCAUUCGUAUCAGGAGAAUCGUGGUAUGCUAAAAUACAACGAUUCGCGGGCAAGUAUGGCGUUGAACAACGCGGGAUCGAACGGGUCCCUAACGACGAGAGAACGGACGCGGGGAUGAGCCAAAUCGGCACACUGUGGUUUUCAGCCAAUAUGGUUGUAUCCUCAUUCGCCAUUGGCGCCCUUGCACUACCCGUCUUCAACCUCGGGUUUCUCGACACCGCCCUCACCAUCAUAUUCAUAAACUUUCUUGGGAUCAUGCCCGUAUGCUUCUUCUCUACAUUCGGUCCCCGAUUUGGUCUACGUCAGAUGGUGCUAUCUCGGUUUUACUUUGGAUACUACGGUGUCAAACUAAUUGCCAUAUUCAAUAUCUUGGCUUGUAUUGGUUGGUCCGCGGUCAACGCCAUCGUCGGCGCCCAGUUCUUUCACGCCGUCAACCCAGACGUGCCUGGAUGGGCGGGUAUCGUGGUCAUAUCUUUUGCAACACUGAUCAUUUGCACAUUCGGAUACAAGGUUGUACAUGCCUACGAAAGAUGGUCUUGGGCACCGGUAUUGAUUAUAUUCCUAAUCGUUCUCGGUGUCUUCGCCCAUUCAGGCGAGUUCAAUAACCUGCUUCCUCUCAAGACCGGUCCAAGUGAGGCCGGUGGCGUGCUGUCCUUUGCCGCUUCGGUAUUCGGAUUUGCCACCGGCUGGACAUCCUACGCCGCCGACUACACCGUCUACCAACCGGUGGACCGCUCGAGGAGGUCCAUCUUCUUCUGGACAUUCGGCGGUUUAUUCAUUGCCCUAUGCUUCACGGAGCUCCUCGGCGCGGCGGUCGCAACCGCCAUGGUGUACAACGAGGGGUACGCGGAAGCCUACAGCAACGCCCACAUCGGCGGCCUCCUAGCGCAAGUGCUAGUGCCCCGACUGGGGCGCUUCGGCGAGUUCUGCGUCGUGAUCCUCGGCCUCUCCAUCAUCGGCAACAACUGCCCGAACCUGUACUCGGUGUCGCUCACGCUGCAGGUGCUCUCGGAGAAGACGCGGCGCGUGCCACGCUUCAUCUGGACCCUGGUCAGCACCGCCGUCUACAUCGCCAUCGCCAUCCCGGGGUACGACCACUUCGAGUCGGCCCUCGAGAGCUUCAUGCUCGUCAUCGGCUACUGGCUGGCAAUAUACGAGGGCGUCUCCUUGACCGAGCACUUCGUCUUCCGCCGCGCCUCCUUCGACCGCUACCACCCCGAACACUACUGCGAGCCCAAACGCCUGCCCCCCGGCUUCGCGGCCAUCGCCGCCUUCUGCGUCGGCGUCGCCGGCGCGGUCCUCGGCAUGGCGCAGGAGUGGUUCACGGGCCCGAUUGGGAAGCUGUGCGGUGCGGAUUUCGGCGGCGACGUCGGCUUCGAGCUCGCGUUCGCGUUCGCGGCGUUCAGCUAUGUUGCGCUGAGGGUCGUGGAGAGGGGGUAUUAUAAGCGGUAGGUAGGUGUGUUGCCUGCCUAUACUUGCGCCUACCUACCUACCCCGACCUAGUACCUACCUACCUAGGCUAGGUAGGGUUUGAUGUAGAAAAGUUAAAAGGGGGUUGUUUUAUUUUUGUUGGAGAUUGGCUGGCUGGCUGG